UGCUUAAAAUGUGCAUUGUGGGUGAGUAUUAAUUGUGUUUAGAUAUGAAUUAUGUACUAUAUGUGAGUUGUCAGUGUGGGAUUCUUAAGGAGUGAUGAACACGUGUCUGUGCUGAGCCUAAACUGUGUUUGCAUGCCUCUUACUGGAUUCCUCUUGCUGUCACUUCCAAGAUUGUAUUUUUAUCAUAAAGGUCGUUUUCAUCAUGACUGAUAUAAACACGAAAGAAGAGUUAACAAGGAAUAAAUUAAACAGUUAGCGUUAAAUUUCAACCCUUCCAGAAACCGGCACGCUACAGACGAGCGAUAAGCUAUGACAGUAAGGAGUAUUACAUGCGGCUGCUGUCAGGGAACCCGGGGAUGUAUCAGCACUCCAUAGAGCAGAACACAGAGGGAGAAACCACACAGCAGGAGCCUGAACAUGGAGAGGACACCAUCGCAAGGGUCAAAGGUCUGGUUAAGGCCCCUUUAAAGCGGUCCCGCUCUACAGCGGAUGGAGCUGAUGAGGACAGUCAAGACCAGCUGCAGGAGUUGCUGGAGUCAGGAGCUAUGGACGAGGAGCAUAAAACUGACAACACCACGCUGCUCCGCCUGCUGGAGGAGGGAGAGAAGAUCCAGCACAUGUAUCGCUGUGCUCGAGUUCAAGGUCUGGACACCAGUGAAGGGCUGCUCUUAUUUGGGAAAGAACAUUUCUAUGUGAUUGACGGCUUCACAAUGACAGCCACCAGAGAGAUUAGAGACAUUGAGACACUCCCUGCAAAUAUGCAUGAGCCUAUCAUCCCCCGAGGGGCCCGGCAGAGCAAGAGUCAGCUGAAACGAACCUGUAGCAUCUUUGCUUACGAAGACAUCAGAGAGGUGCACAAACGUCGCUACUUGCUUCAGCCCAUGGCAGUAGAAGUUUUUUCUGGAGAUGGAAGAAAUUAUCUGUUGGCUUUCCAAAAAGGAGUCCGGAACAAAGUGUAUCAAAG